CGUCGUGCUUGCUGAUGAGAGAUGGAAUGAGCGGAAUACUGACACAGCCAAUUCACCUCCGCAUUGAACAAUAGGAACUUGGGUAUUGACGACAUGUACUUUGCCUCCGAGUCCGUCGACUCGAUCGCCAACCACAUCAUGGCCCUCUAUGGCGCAAAGAUCUUCGCCUACACCAAAAACGAUAAUGGGCUCGACAUCAACCUGGAGCGCGAGACCGAGGAGGGUGCUGUUUACAUCCACACCUCCCACCCUGGCGUAUCUCAGCUCUAUGGUCCACAACAUGAGAAGAGAAUCGACGCCAAAUACCUCGAUGUCAGUAACACGGAGCGCGCCUACCGUCUCGAGUCCUACCGCUCCAAGGGCACUGUGUCGUCCUCAUCCUCGACCCAGCUGCGUACCUACUUUGUGCGCGAGUGCUCCUUUGUGAAUCCCGACCCGACCAAGGAGCAGGAGACUGACAUCCGCGAGACUGCCGACAAGAGCUUCCUCGAGAAGGCGACCGAAAACACCCUCGAAAUCUACUCUGCCAUCAUGAGGAUCGCCCUCAGCAGAACUGGUCCUGUCAUUGAGAUGUUCGAGGUUGAGGGCUCCCGCGAGCGUCGUCUUGUCGUGGCCUACAAACAGCAGACGACCCAGUCCUUCUUCUCAGCCAUCUCGGAUCUGUACCACUACUACGACCUGUACUCGACCCGCAAGUACGUCGAACAGUUCUCGAACGGUAUCACGAUCAUCUCGCUCUAUCUCAACCAGAUCCCCAAGUCGACUGCACCGCCAAUUGAGCACUCGAUCCACCAGAUCAUCAAGGAAGCUUCGCUGGUCUACUGCUUGCCCAUAACCCCUCUCCAGAGUUUCUUCCAGACAAAUAAGCUAUCGGUCCAAGAGUCGAUCUACGGUUACAUUGGCUGGAUUUUUGCCCAGCACUUCCUGAACCGUCUCGGAAGCGAAUACGUCUCGCUCGUCAACAUCCUCGAUACCAGUAACUCGACCCAUCAGGAUGUUCUCACUAAGAUGAAGAAGCGUCUCCGCACCGAUACCUUCACCCGCGACUACAUUCUCGAGAUCAUCAAGACCUACCCCGAGCUCGUCAAACUGCUCUACAUCAACUUUGCCAUGAUCCACUAUGUCAACCCAGCUGUCAAUUCGCUCAAGCCCACUCUGUCGUACCAGCGUCUCCGCACGGACGCCAUCUUGACUGAGGAGGAACUCUACGAAAAGAUUCGCCGCACGACCUCUAACUCGCACGAGCUCAUGGUCUUUGAAUCGUUCCUGAUCUUCAACAAGCACGUCCUCAAGACUAACUUUUACCAGCCCACCAAGGUUGCGCUGUCCUUCCGCAUGGACCCAUCGUUCCUACCCGAGAUCGAGUACCCUACCAAGUUAUUUGGCAUGUUCCUUGUCAUUGGCUCCGAGUUUCGUGGUUUUCAUCUGCGUUUCCGAGAUGUCGCUCGUGGAGGAAUCCGCAUCAUUCGCUCACGAAACAGAGAGGCGUACUCGAUCAACUUGCGCUCACUCUUUGACGAGAACUAUGCCCUUGCUGCCACACAGCAGCGUAAAAACAAGGAUAUUCCUGAGGGCGGCUCCAAGGGAACGAUUUUAUUGGAUGUCAACCAGCAGGAUAAGCCUUUGGUGGCGUUUGAGAAGUACGUCGAUGCUAUUCUGGACCUUUUGAUCCUCGGACAGUCCCCUGGCAUCAAGGAGCGUAUCGUUGAUCUGUACAAGAAACCCGAGAUUCUCUUUUUUGGACCAGAUGAGGGUACUGCCGAUUACAUGGACUGGGCAUCUGCUCAUGCACGAGUUCGUGGCGCCUCCUUCUGGAAGGCCUUCACUACGGGCAAGUCGCAGUCCUUGGGAGGCAUUCCUCACGAUACCUAUGGUAUGACGACUCGCUCUGUCCACCAGUAUGUCCUGGGUAUCUACCGCAAGCUGGGUCUCAAGGAGGAGAACUGCUCUAAGCUGCAGACUGGAGGUCCAGAUGGAGACUUGGGAUCAAACGAGAUCAAGAUCUCGAAGGACAAGACCUGUGGUAUUGUCGAUGGAUCCGGAGUGCUAUACGAUCCCGAAGGCAUUAACCGCACGGAACUCAGCCGUCUGGCUGAGAAUCGUCUUAUGAUCUCGAACUUUGAUGUCUCAAAACUGUCGCCCAAGGGAUUCCGUGUGCUGGUAGAUGAGGUGAACAUCAAGCUACCUUCGGGCGAGGUCAUUGACGAUGGCCUGUCGUUCCGCAACAACUUCCAUUUGAACCCUAUGGUCCGCUGCCAAGUCUUUGUCCCUUGCGGUGGUCGUCCCGAGUCUGUGGACCUUCAGAAUGUUGGACGUCUUUUGGACCACGAGAACCAUCCACGGUUCAAGUACAUUGUCGAGGGCGCUAACUUGUUUUUCACUCAGGAGGCUCGUCUUCGCCUGGAGCGUGCUGGUGCGAUUGUGUUCAAGGAUGCGUCCGCCAACAAGGGGGGCGUGACCUCUUCGUCGCUGGAGGUCUUGGCUGCGCUGGCAUUCACGGAUGAGGAGUUUGCUGAGCACAUGCAGGUGACGGAGGAUCACAUCCCAACGUUCUAUCAGGAUUAUGUUAAGGAGGUACAGACGAUCAUCGAACGCAAUGCACAGCUCGAGUUCGAGGCCCUGUGGAAGGAGCACCAGCGCACGAGGACACCUCGCUCGAUUCUUUCGGAUGAGCUGUCUUUGGCGAUUGUGAACUUGAACGAGAAUUUGCAACAUACAUCAUUGUGGGACAACCUGCCACUGCGCAAGGUGGUCUUGGAGGAGGCGUUCCCGAACCUGUUGUUGAAGCAGGUUGGACUCGACCAGCUCAUGAACCGUGUGCCUGAGAAUUAUGUGCGUGCGAUCUUUGGAUCAUACUUGGCGUCGCGCUUUGUGUACAAGUAUGGCACAGAACCAAGCCAGUUUGCGUUCUUUGAGUUCAUGACGCCUUACUUCUCCAAAAUCCAGUGAACGAGAUAAAUCGCCCCCUUUACACCCCACCCACCCAUUUUUGCACACGAAGUUGUAUAUUUUUACUUUCCUUUCUAUUCAUUCUUUUCCUUUUUUAUGUACAAAGUGAGUCGUUUAGAUAUCCAGAUGUCAGUCUCGUUCAGGUUUUUUUUUUUUGUAGUCUACUGUCGGCUCAUGAUGC